UGAAAGUAUGAGAAGAGAGGGCCGUCAACAUGGUAUUGUCUCAGUCUACUCUGAUCUCUCUUCCUCUCUUUCAAACAGCACCGAAAGAACAAUAAAGAAAUCGCUGAAGCGAAUUGAAGGAUCGUUCAUGGGCCAAUUUACGAAAGCCCCUUCAAAGCCUACCAACAAGUCCAAGUUCACCGGUCGUUGUAAGUUGCCGAGGUGUGGACUCUGUCACGCUCAUCCGGUGAAUAAAGCCAUGGCCAAAAUCAAAGGAAAUCAUAGGCACAAAGAUGAGAUUUCUGAUUUUUAUUUGAAGGGAGAUCGCAGAAGGUCUGAAGAGACGGGUGAGGUGAAUUAUGAUUCAGAUGGCGGAGUGGGAUUGGACGACAGAGAAGAGCUUAUUUGUCAGGUAGAUGGUGGUGGUGGUGGUGGUGGUUGUUGUGAAGAUGAAGAGUGGGUUUUGGUGGAAGGAGUUUGAGCUUCCGCAGAAAUUGAAGCAUUGGCUAAACUUCCUUUUCAUUGGUUCCUUAUUUUAUAA